AUGGCGACCCCUCAAACCCAAACAGCAGCAGUCAUCGCACCCACUGCUCCUGUCUCCGCAAAGGUGGAGAUCCGAAGCAAUUGCCCCGUUCCAACUCCAGUAAAUGGUGAAAUCCUCGUGAAACUCGAGUUCUCCGGGGUAUGCCAUUCAGAUUUGCACAGCAUCCGUGGCGACACACCCAUGUUGACUGAUGUGGCCGGCCAUGAAGGUGUUGGGAAGGUCAUUGGCGUCGGUCCAGAGGUUGACGAGAAACAAUGGAUUGGAACACGGGUGGGAAUCAGGUGGCUCUAUAGCUCUUGCCGGCAGUGCGAGAUUUGCGAGAUAAAUCAUACCGCUUGUCCCUAUCAAAAGAAUGCUGGUGCUAAUGUACCUGGCACUUUCCAGCAAUACAUCGUCAGUCCAGCGUGCCAUGUGACAAAGAUUCCGGAGCAGCUAUCCCCAGACACUGCAGCGCCCCUUCUAUGUGCUGGAAUCGCUAUGUACUCUUCCAUUAUGAAGACCAAAACUCGCCCGGGGAACUAUUUAGCCAUCCUCGGUGCCGGGGGUGGCCUAGGACAUAUGGGAAUCCAAAUCGCCGCUAAAAAAGGCCUCAAAGUCAUUGCAAUUGAUAGCGGAGAAAAGAAGAAGCGUCUUUGCGUAUCAUUGGGUGCCACAGAAUUCCUAGACUUCCGAGAAGUCGACAUCGUGCAGGCAGUCAAGACCAUCACUGGCUUCGGUGUUCACGCCGUUAUCUGCACAGCUAAUGGCGAGCGAGCAUAUGAGCAGAGUAUGCAAAUGCUACGUCCCCUGGGAACGCUGGUCUGCGUUGGUAUCCCUAAUCAACCAUUCAAAUUGCCUGCUACUCCGUUUGAUAUGAUUGUCAAGGGGCUCACCAUUGUGGGCAACUCAGCGGGUACGGCAGAGGAAAUGGAUGAGCUUUUGGCAAUGGCAGUUGCUGGUGAUGUCAAGGCGCAUAUUGAUGUCUUUGGUUUGGAUGAGAUCAAUGAUGUGUUGGAUCGUCUAGAGCGCUCGGAGAUUGAUGGUUUAUGA